AGCGAAACCACCAGCUCCUUAAGAUGUACAAAGCUGCCUGCCUCGUCUUGGCCCUGUUCGCAGUGGCAAACGCUGUUCCCUCGACCUAUGAUACCGAGCACGUUUGGAAGGCUGGAAACCUCUCGUACAUCGUUCCUCAGGACGCCAUCCUGGGCGGCUUUGAUCCCUAUGGCUACAACACCUAUGUGGGUCGCGUAAAGUCCGGCAGCGACAUUCUGCCCGCCCGUGUGGUUGUGGAAACCGGCACCGCCUACUUCAACACCGAGACCGCCUCCUCCAAGCUGCUGGUCUACGACAUCCUCGUGGCCGAGCGCAACCUGAGGUAUGUGUGGGUGCGUAGCUUCGAUGGCUUCUACGAGAAGGGAGCCGUGGCCGUUGGAACCAAUGUCAAGAAUGAGCGAGUCUACUGCUGCCGUGCCAGGACUGACGGCGGAUUGCUGAUUGGAACCCUGCUGCUAAGCCAGAAGGUCUGCAUCAUCAAGCACGAGACCCUGGCCCUGCGCAAAUUCGACAAGUACGAGGUGCUGGUGGCCCAGCAGUUCAAUGGUACGGUAUACUACUAGAUUGAGUUACUUCUGAUGCCUACUUACGAUCUCAGGAUCUCUUUUAAAGAAAAAUAAAAUGCAAAUAUUUAUAUUUAAAUGAAA